AUCCGCUGAUUCGACACGGCACUGGCAGCGGGAAGCUCUUCCCGCCAAGACACUAAAGGGUUUGUUCAUUGCUGCUGGAGGAAGAUAAUGGAUUGACCUAAAAAGCUGAAGUUGCUGAACACCCACAAGUCAUGGAUAAGGCAAUUACUUUUUUGCGACUUACACACCUCUUUGACUAUGGUGUGAGGAGUUUUGUUGGUAACUGAGGUAGCCAUUCAGUGUUUGGAAUUCCUGCUGAGUCACCUGCCCAGGGACUGUGGUUGGAUUUGUGAAUUAUGUGAACAGUUGUCCACUUGAAAGAGAACUCAAAGUAGCUUUGUAACAGUUUUACAGAGUCAUUCUGAGAGUAAGCUGCUAAACCUGUAUUUCCCAUUAGUGCCUAAUUUUCAAAGUACAGUAUUGAUUUCUUAUUUUUGUGAAUUAAGUCCCAGAGAAGGCUGAGAUUCCUGAAUGAAAUUGCCACAGUCAGAAACUUCACUACUGUGACUAUUUCUUUUAAUUUUGUUGCGGUAUAAAUGGAAGGACAGAUUCCCAUCCAGUUAGUGGGGGAUUUGUUACUUUUGAUUUUUCUCUCUGCAAAAAUAGAAAUUUUGUAGCAAGAAAUGAACUUUCAAUUCACUUAAGACUAGCAAUUCUUUAAUGAUAAAAUCAUUUUGCCAUGAUAGACGACACUCUUGUGGAAGAAGACAUUUGGGAAUACAAAUCUAAACGAAAACCAAAACUAGCUGUCACAAAUCAUGGCCCUGAAAAUAUUCCAAAAUCUGUUGGAAAAGCAAAAGAUGGAAAGUGCCAAUCAAAAAGAAAUAGAAACAGAAAAAGAACCAGAGAAGCUAAAGGGGAGGUGAAGGACCGUGAGAUGUCUCCUAGAGAAGGAGUGUGUCAGACUUGUGUAGCUUCCAGUCAGAGUUCAAGCUGUGGGGAUGGUAUUCAACAGUCUCUAGACAAGGAGACCACUCCAAGAAAGUUGGGUAGAACUCACAAAAACAAACAGGUGUCUCCAAAGAUACGUCCACUUUAUGAAGGAUACUGUCCAAACUGCCAGAUGCCUUUUUCCUCAUUACUAGGUCAAACACCUCGAUGGCAUGUCUUUGAAUGUUUGGAUUCUCCCUCAGUCUCUGAAACAGAGUGUCCUGAUGGUCUUCUGUGCACCUCAACAAUUCCUUCUCAUUACAAGAGAUACACUCACUUCCUGCUUGCUCAGAGUAGGUCCGGUAGUAGUCCUGUGAGCAACCCAUCCUACGUGUCAGGUGGUAGUGUCAGUGAGGAUAAUUCCAGCUUUCUCCGUAGCCUUGCGGAAAGAUGGUCUCCAUAUCAGAAACAAAUGGAAAACUUAGAAGAAAUUUCAAGCAAUCCCUUGUUGGUAACUCAGUGUUUAAGAAAAUCUCAAUCUCAAUAUCCAACUGAAAUUGACAAAAGGAUUUCCUCUCCUGCAAAUAGCCAAACAUCCCAACAAGCGCUACAAUUUACGGGGUUUGUUAAGAGUGACAGACUGGUAAGAGUUGGUUUGCCUCUUGCUGAUAAAGUACUGGAUAGCCAAAACAACUCAGAACCCAUAAAUUUGCCCUUGCCAGAAAAUGACUUUAGCGACUGUGAAAUCUCCUAUUCUCCACUUCAAAGUGAUGAAGAAACUCACAAGGGAGAUGAAAAGCUGGAUGAUUCACAACAGGAACUAUUUUUUACUGAAAAUUCAAAAGAUAGCUGCCUACAAGAAGAUAACGACUGCUCUACUUCAUUUGAAAAACUACAAGGUCACUUACUGCAGGACCAGGAGGAGGGCUACCCCAAAGUGAAUAGCUUCUUAACUCAGCACAAGUAUGAUGCAGAAUUGUAUAAAUACAGUACACUAAGCCAUUCCCCAAAUAAUCAGAGUAUUCCUUUGUAUUAUGAUCCAGCCUACACCGGUGGUGAUUGUAUGUUGUUUCCACCUGCAUUAGCAGGGGAGUUUGCUGCUUCUAAUUAUAUAGCAAAACCUGGUGAGCCAGAAUUUCAGUCAUCUCAAUCAAAUAAACAGAAAUGGGUCCUUGAAGGAUCAGCUGUUUCUCUUCCGUUAGUAACGAGUGAAAUGUCAAGACUUUUUGAAAGCCAGGGAGGAGGUUAUCUUUCUUUCCACCCAACCCAAAGUAAAAUUAAGGAAUUACCAAGUGAGAACCUCUGUGCCAGGAACAACACUAACUCAGCAGGUAGCCACAGAAAGGCAUUAGACGGUGUGCUAGGUGGUAAAGUUCCUGUUUUAAAUACAGAAAGGGUUUCUGGUACACCUGCUUCUAAGUCUUUGAAAACAUUGACUUCUGGUCCUAAGUGUAGUGUAAGAAACCCUUCUACCAAGGUAAUGAAGCAAACAGAUAUAGGUGUGUACUUUGGACUACCGCCUAAAAGAAAAGAUGAGAAAUUGCUGGAGGAAAGUGCAUCACAAGGGAUAGAGUUAAAUCCAGUUCCAAGUCCUAAGAAAAACAGGUCUUGGCAGCGCAAGAGGAAAGCAGAAAAAUCUUUAAGUGAUUUAGAAUUUGAUGCACAGAAUUUAAGUGAGAGUCAGCUUUCUGUGGAACUUUCUAGUGAGAGGUUACAGCGUCAAAGAAAAAGACUUAAAAAGUCAAAUUCACUGCAGGAAGGAGCACGUGAGAAAAGGUCAGAUGACCUUACAAAAUCUGGAACAACCAAUUUAAGGAAAAGCAGAGCCUUCAGAAAAUCAGCUCCUGGCGGGCUGCAAAGAGAGAACGAGAAAAUCUCAGAGUCACCUAACAUUGGAGAAUUAAGAAAAAAGACAUGUCCAUUCUAUAAGAAAAUACCUGGAACGGGCUUUACAGUGGACGCCUUCCAGUAUGGCGUGGUGGAAGGUUGCACAGCCUACUUCCUCACGCAUUUUCACUCUGAUCAUUAUGCUGGGCUGUCUAAGCACUUCACGUUUCCAGUUUAUUGUAGCGAGAUAACUGGCAAUUUGUUGAAGAAUAAGCUUCAUGUGCAAGAACAAUACAUCCAUCCAUUGCCGAUGGACACUGAAUGUGUUGUGAAUGGUGUCAAAGUGGUUUUGCUGGAUGCCAAUCACUGUCCAGGUGCCGUCAUGAUCCUUUUUUAUCUUCCUAAUGGUACUAUCAUAUUACACACUGGAGACUUCAGAGCAGACCCCAGCAUGGAACGUUCCCUCCUCGCAGGCCAGAAGGUGCACACGCUGUACUUAGACACAACAUACUGUAGCCCAGAAUACACCUUUCCGUCUCAGCAAGAGGUUAUCCAGUUUGCCAUCAACACUGCCUUUGAGGCUGUAACUCUAAACCCAUGUGCUCUUGUCGUGUGUGGCACUUACUCUAUUGGAAAAGAGAAAGUCUUCCUAGCCAUUGCUGAUGUUUUGUGUUCAAAAGUGGCCAUGUCCCAAGAAAAAUAUAAAACAUUACGGUGCCUCAAUAUACCAGAAAUUAAUUCACUCAUCACUACGGACAUGUGCAGUUCCUUGGUUCACCUUCUCCCAAUGAUGCAAAUUAAUUUUAAGGAUUUACAGAGUCAUUUGAAGAAGUGUGGUGGGAAGUAUGAUCAGAUUUUGGCUUUUCGACCUACAGGAUGGACACACUCUAACAAGUUAACUAGUAUAGCAGAUGUUAUUCCCAAGACCAAAGGAAACAUUUCAAUAUAUGGAAUUCCUUACAGUGAACACAGCAGCUACCUUGAAAUGAAGCGCUUUGUCCAGUGGCUGAAGCCCCAGAAAAUCAUUCCUACCGUAAAUGUUGGCAACUUCAAAUCUAGGAGCACAAUGGAGAGAUAUUUCAAAGAGUGGAAAUUGGAAGCUGGGUAUUGAUGAUACCUCAGAAGAUUCAGUAGUAGUUAAGUACCUUACACCUAGGUUCUUAGUAAUUAAAUCUGCAGCAAUAUGAAAUACACCUUACAUGUAAAACCUCACAAAGAUUGCUCAUGUAGGUUUUUUUUUUUUCCUCUUUUGUAUUUGAAUAACAUGGUCAUGGUGCAGAACAUCUCCCAGCAUCAUCAGAAGUAACAGACCGGAUCUCCCCAAUAGCCCUUAAUUCUUGCCCCCUCCCUUGGGAGGCAGUUGUGUUUUAUUUUGCAUCGAGCCUUGGUGGAAGACACAAAGGCAGGUUCAGGGACCAGAAGGAUCCAUGAUAAUCGAUAGACUAGAUUGAAACGUUAUGUGUAAGGAAUUAUAUGUCUUUAAAACUAUGAGAUAAAAAUUUUAU